AGUUGUCGGCUUGCCAGUGUGAGAAGCGGUCACGUUUGCUUCACGUUCGCUCGCUCGGUGACUGUGAAACAAAACGUUGGACGUCACAAAAAACAUUAUACCUUUGUGAACAUUGUUUUCGUUCGUAAUUUUUGCAAUUACCCGAUUGUGUUUGUGCGUUAUUAAUUAAAUAAUUUAGUAUUUAUUAGUGUUUAUAUCCACAAAAUUCACUGUAAUAAUUUUUACUAUGGGGGUUGUGUAAUUGCUUUUCGCUACUGUCAAAAUUAACUUUACAACAAAGUGUUGAAUUGGGUGCUGUCUUUGGAUUUCUAAUUAUUAUUUCCAUCUGUACGCAACUAGCUGUUAUUACUAAACAUUUAAAAUCAGUGCCAGACACCAGUAGGUAGAAAGGUGACAAGACAUUCUAUUUUUUUGUUGUUGGGACGAAUCUAAAUAGUGGAAGAUGUCCAAGGUGUCUCUGAAUAACGUGCCUUCGAAUCCCAGAAUCAAUCGUCUAAGAACAUUUUCAAGAACCGAAAGUGAAACGUCAUGUGAGGAGGCAGCGCGGUUAACAGCGGAAGGAGCAGCCGCCGAUGAUGAUGACGAAGCCUUCGACUACGGAGCCUUACCGCCGCCACCCGAUGGUGGUUAUGGUUGGGUGGUGGUAUUUGCAUCUUUUAUGUGCAACCUCGUGGUGGACGGCAUCGCGUACACGUUCGGAAUAUUCCUCCCGGAGCUGGUCAAGUACUUCGGGGAAGGAAAAGGCACAGUAGCGUGGGUCGGCAGUCUGCUGUCAGGAGUUUAUUUAGCCGCUGGUCCGAUAGUAUCAGCGUUAUGCAACAAAUUCGGAUGUCGCGCGGUGUGCAUAGCUGGGUCACUCGUGGCCACCACGGCGUUCGUGAUGUCCACCUUCAGCAAGAGUGUCACGGUCAUGAUGAUCACGUACGGUUUAUUAGGAGGAAUAGGAUUCGGUAUGAUAUACUUGCCUUCAGUGGUGGCAGUAGGUUACUACUUCGAGACGAGACGAUCUCUCGCCACUGGCAUAGCGGUGUGCGGUUCAGGAGUCGGCACAUUCAGUUUUGCACCACUCGCGUCUAUCCUCCUGAACGAGUUCGGAUCAUGGCAAAACGCAAAUCUGCUGCUUGCCGGCUUGAUCCUCAACUGUGCCGUCUUUGGCGCAUUGAUGAGACCAUUGGUCUACCCAAAGACGUCAGGUGAAAAGCCACUCCUACAACGUAUGGCUGAAGAGAAAAGACUGCAAAUGGAACGGGGAUCAAUAGGAGGGUCAUACUUCAUGGUGCAACUACCAGAUGGCACCAUGGAAAAAAGAAUGAAGGCGCCCCUGAAUAUAGACCCGGGUGUGCAUUCGUCACUUAAUCUGGAAGCGUUGGCUCGCGUGCCCACUGUACCCAAUAUGCCCGGAGUACCCACCGUGCCUACUCUACCCACCAUCACAGAAGCUAAAGUGAUUGAUGAGACUAACGAAAAGAAGAACGGAAACGGUUCCGCCGUAUCGUCGACGCAGCAACAGAUGUCACGCAACGUUUCAUCGCCUGCGUUUACUGCUCAAGCUCCGGGCUUACCAAAGAACGGUUCGGUGCCGUUCUUCGAUCGUCAAAGGAAGCAGUCCACCGGAGAUAGAUUCAAACCGUCCUUAGCCGCUAUCAAAGCAUCGUCCAAAACUUCCAUGAGCCGAAACGCCGAUGGAGAUACAGAGAGCAUGAUGUAUACGUCAAAACUUUCCGUGUCCGGUCCUAAGGAACCUUCCCGUAUGGUUAGGCCGAUGUCCCGCAAGGAUAUAUUCUAUUCGGGCUCCGUGCUCAACUUGCCGCAGUACCAAAGUCAGAAGUCCCUUCAGGGUUAUAGGAAUUCGGUUCUCAGUUUGCCACAGAGCAGGCAGACUGGCGACUUGGAGAGGCAAGAACAAUACGACCUGUGCCCGUGUCUUGCAUUGCCGAACUCGUUCAAGUCGGCAUUGUCGUCAAUGUUGGACGUGAGUUUACUACGCGACCCCGCCUUCAUGUUGAUCGGCGUCUCUAAUAUAUUUGGAAUGGCUGGUUUAUACGUGCCCUUCGUGUAUAUAGUCGAUGCUGCAGUGAUGAAUGGUGUAGAAGCAUCGAAGGCUUCUUUCCUGCUUUCCAUAAUCGGCAUCACUAACACGGUGGGCCGUAUAGCCUGUGGAUGGGUGGCCGACUUCCCGUGGAUGGAUUCGCUGCUGCUCAACAAUCUGUGCCUCGUCAUCGCAACCGUAUCGGUAGCGGCGACGCCCUUCUGUUAUUCUUAUGAAGCAUACAUAGCAGUAGCCAUCGCUUUUGGCAUUGCCAUAUCUGGCUACAUAUCGCUGACUUCCAUCAUCCUAGUAGACCUUCUCGGUUUGGACAAGUUAACUAACGCGUUCGGUCUACUGAUAUUGUUCCGUGGCGCGGCUGCAAUAGUAGGAUCUCCUCUAGCGGGCGUGGUAUACGAUAAUACUCACAACUACGAUGCCUCCUUCUAUAUGGCGGCGGCAUUCUUCCUAGCGUCUACUCUGACUUCGUUCGCUGCACCUACAUUCCGCAGGAAACAGGAGGAGAUCCAACAUCCGGUCGACGUUCUUAGUCCAAUAGACGAAGAUCUCGAAGAGGGCGAGGAAGAAGAUCCGGAUGAUACUCCUAUAACUAUGGGCGCUAAUCUAACCCGCGCCCCUCCAGCUAUUACUAACACCGCCCCUUCCCCCUCUGACCCCCCUUCACCCGUCACGCCCGCCGCCCCCGCACGAGAGAGCGUACUGUGAGCCUUAUUUACAUCACAAUAAAUACCACUUUAUUAUAACUAGAUGAAUUUUCUACUCCGUAACUUGUUAGGGUCGUUGUACUUGAUAAGAUCUAUGUUUACAUUUAGGCCAAUAACAGAUCAAACUGUGCCAAUGAAGACGAGCGAAAUGAAUUUUCGAUGACGGCUGCAGAACGAUUCUGUGAAAGUCCGAACCCGAAUUCAAAUUCACUCGGGCGUCCAAUUUCAAUUUGAAAGCGAGAUCCGCUUAACCGUGAGUGAAGUAAGUUUCGAAGUGACAAGGAUAGAAUAUCUGAGACAAUUAUGAAUCGAUCAUUUUUGUUUUGUGUUUUUAUGCAAAAAGUGGAAUUUCUACACUAAUAUAAACUUUUGAAGUGAUUUCGAACGCCUGAGUGAAUUCUAUUUUUUUCUAAUUCGGUUCGUACUAACUUGCUCUUCCGCACGCCUUAGAUGUUUUAUACAAGAAUUCUUAAGAUUUCUUUCUUUCGCCUUCUUUGGCGUCGUCUUCAUGUUCCAUUCUGAUUGUUAAUAUUAAACUGCAAAUAUUUCAUAAAUGGAUGAUUGUACUGGUGACAAUCGUCACAUCCACCUUAUUUAUAUUAUAAUAGAGAUGAAUUUGCUAUACUUAUUAAUUUCUGUACGAAUACGUAUUAACGAAACCUUAUUUAUAUUGCAACAGAGACGGUUUUAUCAUAAUAGAUAAAAUAAUCAUCAACUGUUAAAAAUCCUGCUCACCGGGCUGUUCAAAUAUUACGUUAAUUGAAAUUUAGUUUUUAAUACCCGCUUCCCUCAUCAGCAAAAAAUAAAUUUCUAUAGAUCUUUAAUUCAGAUGUCCCUUCCCCCAUAUUACCAAAGAUAAACGAAACGAACCCACGCAAUUAGUGUUUUAUAUUUGAACAGCCUAUUCAAAAUUUACCUAGAAUAGACAAAGAUAUUUUGAAAACUAAAUAUGCUAAUAGUGGCGGCAAUUCUGUUGGUACAAAUUAGUGUAAAAUUUAUUUUAAGCCUGUCUAUACUACGUUUUCAAUUCUGUUAACAAAUAAGAUGACAGGAGUAAACGUUUCAAAUUGAAUUAUAUAUUAAAAUAUAUAUUUAUAUUUUUUUAGUUUACAUAGAAUAAAAAGUAGAGAUAUAAAAAACCAAAUUAAAGUAAGAGAUUUUUAGUUCAAUUUAGAUAGUGGCACAACGAAAUUGCCGCCAGUAUUAUACUAAAAGGUCGCAAACAAGUAAUUAUAAAAAAAAUAUCAAAUUUUUUCAUUAAAAAAAGAAUAUAACCUAAACUAGAAACACCAACAUGUGUCAAACAUUCAAAUAUAUUGGUGUCCUACAAAUGCCAUCGUUUAUUGAUAAAUUAACACUACGAUCUCAUUAUGUCGGCAUGUUAGUAGGACUUCUUCAUUAUGUAUUGUAAAGGCUAUAAAAUUAUUCUUUUUUUUUUUUAUUAUUCGUUCGUGCGUUCACUCAAAUGUACGAGCUAGAAUGAUGUACUUUAAAUAAAACUUAGAAACAAAUAUAGAUAAUAAAUAUAGAUAGUAGAGUGCAGUAUUAGAAACGUGACUCUUAUUGUGUAGAAAGUAAAGCUCAAAUUCACUGAAUUCUCAGAGAAUAUAAUUUUUACCACCAAUCAGACUUAACGUUUCCAUUGUUGGAGCAUAGACCUUACAAAUGUAAAGAAUCGCUUAGUGAGACUAGUAAUUAUCAACCACGCGGGUCCAAUACGGAAUGAUAGUCGUUACCGAAUAUAUUGACGUGCCUUCUAAAGUAAGGAGGAUUUUGAAAUAAAGUUUUGAUGUGGCCAAUAUUUGCGAAAUUAUUUAACAUUCGCAACCGCAAAUCAUGUUAAUCACUCUAAGAUCCAUAUCUCGUUAAUAUUUUUAAAUUUUCCAGACAAUAACUGUAAUGCCUAAUUUGAAAAUAAAUAACUUGAAAUGUUUUUGGGUUGAAGUAUUUCAUCACAAAAAAAUAUUCAUAAUACUUGCGACAGUCGAAGAGUCACGUUUUUAAUAGGGCCUUGUACUCUUAAAAUCGAAAUUCGAUUUAACGUGGACUUUUUCUUCAUUGUCCUGCUCUAACUUACGUAUUUUUAGAGCACGAUCAAGUUGACGCUAUAUCGAUAAUUGAUUUUCAGAGUACACCCCGUGCACUUUUUGUAUAAAAUACGUAGAAGCGCGAUACUAAUUUUAAAAUACUAAAUGUAUAACAUUAGAAUAAUGAUAAUUAAUAAUCGUUUAAUGAAAGAGCUAACGAACUGUAAAUACAUAACGAGUUACCAUGAAUGAUGGAAGCGGAUUUAAUAAUGAUAUAUACCUCAUGGGCGUUAUAGGAAUUGAAUGGAAGCAAUAACGCGAGUGUUCGAAUUGCGUUUAAAAAUUGAUAGAACGUUUUAAGGUCCAUUAUAUUUCAACGUGCCAUAAAAUAGUCGUGUGAUGUCAUCAUUUCGAUGUACCACCAGACUACGACAAAAAUGAUUGUAUACUCGGUAAAACGGAACGGUGUUUUUAAAAUAAUCAGUUACUAAAUUUCAAAAGGUCAUAGCAAUAAAUAUUGUAGUACUUAUAUAUUUUUAAGUACUUAGAAAUGAACUUAAUUAGAUUUAUAGAUUUUUUUUUAAAAACGUAAUGGAAUUUUUCAGGUAUAUCAAAAUAUUUUUUUUUGUAACACAUAAAUGGCGUUAUUUUAUUACUGAAAAUUGUAAAUAGUAAAUAUACAAAAUUGCUGCACUUAUUAGUAUGUAAAUACACAUAAUUAACUAUCUUAAAAUCGUUCUCAUUUCAAUAAAAACUUACCGUUUCAAAUACUCGUUUAUCUACAUGUAAGAAGUAUAUUUUAAUUAUUGGUCAUCCAUGUAUAAAAGAGUCGAAGACAAAACUUGAUAUUAUUCCAUGUAUAAACAAAUCUUCCAACAAUGGUCUGCAUUGUUAUAAGAAAAGGAAAAUUCGAUUGUAAUAUCUGUGAAAUCAAGCUAAUGUAGUAUUUUAUAAAUGGUGUGUUAGUGUCAUCUUCACACGCUAUGAAAGAUUCCCAUUUCUUGAUGUAGAGUAUAUGUAAGGUAGAAGCACCCAUGAUGCCACUGUCCAAAUGGUUAAAAAUUAACUAAAGAACUUUUGACCAACAACAGUCAACCGCCAAUCAAACGUAUUCUAGUUGGUUGUUAUUUUUGAUAUAUUUUCCAUUCGCAAUGUUACCUUUAUUUAUAUUUAAUCGUAUGCUAUAGAAAUAUUAUAUUUAGAACACAUUAUUGUCUUAAUCAACAGUUAAAAUGCUCGUAAAAUAUUUGCUUCGGCUAUUUGGGUAGAUUUUCUGAACAUUUCCAUAUAAAUGUACUAGUAGCCAAAGUAAAGAAAUGGUUGAGAAAUUCGAGUCUCGCUAAGGUAGCUCAAUUGGUUGUACGGUCACUGGAUUUGCAAAAUUUUAAGUAUUCAAAUCCCAUUUCGGGCGAAAACUUGAUAUUUUUAUUAUAGUAGUUUUUAUUAUAGUGGUCUUCUUAGGUGCUCUUACCUUAUAUUUAAUAUUUACUGACGAUACGUUACUGAUACUCAUGAAAUGAGUCUUUGAAACAUUUAAAAUAAAAGUUAGCAUUAUAAAGAAGGCACUUAAGUAUUCUAGAAAGUAAUGUAAGUCUAAAGUAUGUUAUAUUAUAAUAUUGUGUAGCCUUAUAUUACUUGUCACUAGGUUUUUAAUUUAAUAAAUAACGUGUAGGACAGAUAGUUGGAGUUUGUUAGAGUUACAUUUUUUGAGCUUGGCUUUUUAAUGGUAGCUACUUCUUGUGAGACAUAAUAACGAACUGAUUUUAAAAGUCCCCGACUUUCGUAUAGUUGGUUUUAUGUGAUUAUUGUGUAUGAGAUUUUUGUCUCUUGUGAUGUUGGUAUAACUGUGCGAAUGGCGGCGACUUUAAUCUAUUAACCCUUUUACUGUCUUCGUGUGCCAUUUUCAAUGAACAACGUAUUCCUGUAAAUAAUUAAAUUAUAAUAUAAAAAAAAUAAGUGAUUAAAAAUAGCGGAUUAGUAAAAUGUAACGCAGUCAAUUUUCUGUGCAUCAUUUAAUACCAAAAAAAUUCAUUAUUGGGUAACGAAAUGUAGGCUCUAUAAUUAUGUACUUGCCAGUCGAUAAGGUUUAAAUUAAGUGAGAUCAAUAGGUACAUGAUAUAUUUUUGUCAUAGAUAUUUUUUGUCAUUAAAAUGCAUAAUUUAGCUUUAAGCAUAAGGAUAAUGUGUGUAUAGAAUGGCUAUAUGAACUGUUAAGAUAUAGACGGAGAAAUUAUGUGAUAAAUCUAUAAAACGGUUAUUGAAGUAUAUCUAUUUCUUUUGUAACCACAUGUAUUUUAAUAUAUUCAAUUACUUGUAUUCAUAUAAAAUGUAAGAUUUCGUUUAAGGGAUAGUGUAAACUGAUUUAAAAACAAACAUUUAAAAUUAAACGAUAAUUUAUUAAGAUAUAUUCGAAAGAAGUUAUCGAUAAAUGUUACUGUUGUUAUAGCUUUAUGUAAAAACCAAAAGUGUUAUUAUGUUUUUAAGAUAAAAAAAAAAUAAGCGACUACAGAAUGGAGAUGUAUUGUCAGUAACUUGAUAAUGUUCAAAUUAAACGAUGUAUUUAGGCCAGUCUGGCCCCCGCGUUUUUAGGAAGUUUUGAUCUUGAAAUCUUAUUUAUUUUAUUAUAUUUAUUUAUGUAUGUAUGUAUUGUUUGUUUUGUAUGAUUAACAUUCGUGUCGAUAUACGUCGUCAUAGCAAAUUAGCUAUGUGGGGCUCAACAUCAGGACAUCUGUUGAAUGUGUUUGAUUCAGUAUUGGCUUUAAGUAUUGUUAUAUUAAUUUGUGUAAAUUUGAAGCUGUUUGCACAUGGUAUUAAAUGAUUAUUAGUAGCUUAUUUUUCUAUUGAAGAUUUUGUCUAUUCUAAAUUAAUUUUUAUUUGUGAAUAUGUAUUGAAUUGUAUUUUUUUAUCUAUUGACAUAGUAUUUGUGUAUUUUAUUUUUAUAUUAGAUGUUUUUUAUUAUCCACACCAUUUUGUGAUGCUUCAAGGCAAUUGUUCCUUUUUAAAAUUUUAUAUUUCAGUAUAUUAGUGUGACAAACAGCUUUUCUAAGGGUAUAUGAAGAACUAAUAGUUAUAUACAGAAGCCAAAGGCAGAGCACGCGUUUUUAAUUCGCUACGCUCGCUCGCUCGCCCGGUACAAAUUCAAGCUUAUUGUUGAUAUGUCCACUUUUGUAAAUAAUCGAUUCAUUAAAUGAUAAUGAUGACUGAUUAG